AUGUCGUAUGAACCUGAGACACACUACAAUGUAAUCGACAAGAUUUGGCGCUCUGAGAAAGAGAAACUUCCAUUCAGUGAGGACUUGUCCAUUGGAGAAAUUAUCUUUCAAGAGUUGAAGCUGCAUUCAAAGGAGAUAGCACAGAUAUCAGACUCGGAGAACACGAUUCUUUUGCGGGAAGAGCUGUUGCAGAAUGCUAUUCGCAUUGCAACCUUUAUGCGCAACUUGCAACUGACUGAGUCGGAUAUAGUGGGCAUUAUAGCCAGGAAUACCACCCAUCUGUCAGCCGUCGCCUACGCAUGUUUAUUCAAUGGCAUCGCUCUUCACUCGCUUAACUCCACGUAUUUACCGGAAAUAAUUGAAAAGUUGUUUCACAUUACCAAGCCCCGGAUUAUCUUUUGCGAUGGUGAUGAGUUCGAAAAAGUUCGACAGGCCACUGCCAAGUUGGACGUUAAGAUAGUGACAAUGCGAAAUUAUCCAGUGGGUGCCCUCACCAUUCAGGAGGUUCUGCAGACGCCGCCGGAAAGUGGAUUCCGGCCCACUCGCCCGAAACUGGGAACCAUCCACCCAUUGACCAUCCUCAGCACUUCCGGCACCACGGGAACUCCCAAGGCCGUCGUUGUUACCAACAGCCGCGCCGUUCUCAGCGGAUUUAGCAAACUCACCCCCGCAGAUGUUCAAUACGCAGCCAGUACUUUGGACUGGGCCUCGGGUUUACUAACACUGAUUUCAUCGGGAGUCUUUAGCACCACGCGCAUUGUGUCCGAGGAACCCUUUAAUCCCACAGAGGCCCUUCGCAUAAUCGAGAAGCACCAGGCCACAUGGGUUCUCCAGUCCCCUGCGCAAGUGGCAGCGAUUGUCAAUUGCCCGGAGUUCGAGAAUGCCAACCUGCAGAGUCUGCGAUACUAUUUGUAUACCGGAGGACGUUGCACCACGGAAGUGCAAAGGAGGCUCGGCAGAAAGAUCGACAGCAAGAUGCUGCACUUUGGCUAUGGCUUCUCGGAGUUGGGAGCCUUCUGCUGCGUGAACUGGCACUUCGAUGACAAACCCAACUCGGUGGGUCGUCUCUGUCCUGGCUAUGAGCUGAAGAUCAUCGACGACGAAGGUGUGAAUCUGGGACCCAACCAGCAGGGUGAGGUGUGCAUAAAACCGGAGAGCUUUUGGCCCGGAUACUACGGAAACCCGGAAGCUACGGAGAAAGUGUACAUAAACAACUGGAUCCAUAGCGGCGAUCUGGGAUACUGCGAUGAAGAUGGCUUCCUGUACAUCGUUGAGCGAAAGAAGGACAUGCUGAAGUACCAGAGCAACAAGUACUAUCCUCACGAGUUGGAGGAACUCAUCUCCCGAAUGCCAGGAGUAGUCGAGGUCUGUGCCUUUGGCAUUUGGAACGUGGAAAACGGCGACGAAGCAGCAGCCACAGUAGUUAGGAAGCCAAGUGUCCUGUUUAGCGAACAGGAUGUGGUGGACUUUGUAGCUCAGAAUGCGAACACCGACUUUCUGAGGUUGCACGCCGGCUGUCUAAUAAUUGACGAUCUGAAGCGAAGUCCCAAUGGAAAAACAAACCGAGCAGCCAACAAGGAUCAUUUUCUCCUUGUGAAAGGCAUUCAGAUUGCUACUUAGUCGGAACAUCCUUUUAUAACAAUCUAAAUCGAUUUACUUGUUGCCUACUUCAACAUUGUUGAUUAACCGUAUGAUUAAUCUUAUCUUUUAGUAAUAGAAUUGAAGGUCUAAGUUUCUGUUUUUUAUUCGAUUUCUAAUUGUUAAGUUUUGACUAACUGACCUUAAACAUUGUUGAUAGCAAGGUAUCUAUUUAUUUAGGAUUGUUAUCCGUUAAGUCUGCGAAUUAUGUCGGUGUAUUUUCUGUUUUUUUUUAGAAACAUACUCCGUAAUAAUGGGCCUUAAAAUGCCAGACAAACAUUGUGCCAUACAAUAGAAAUAAAAUUAAA